AACGCGCCCUUCCCGUCUCAAGCUCGAGGGGGACGUGUGGAGGAACUAUCGACAUUAAAACAAUAAAAUCUCUUUGCACUUAAUAGGUCUACAAAAUGACUCCCAAGAGUGUAAGGAUGACUUUAGCUGAAAUGCUGGAUGACCUGUCGAGGCAAAAAUUCGACGAGUUCGUCGACGAGCUUCUGGACCGCAGGGAAGAGCCGCGGGUCAGGCGCAACAGGGUGGAGGGGAAGAGCCGCUUGGAGGUCGUGGACGUCCUCGUCUCCACGUUCACGGAGCCCGAGGCCGUGCGCGUGUCCGUGGCGGUACUCGAACACAUCAACUGCCACGAAGAGGCGAAGCAGCUCGGAAAAAUGCCCCCCAAAACCGUCAAAAGGGCGAUUAAAGACGCGUUGGCGGACCUUUCAAAUGAGCAUUUUAAAGAGUUCUGCGAUGCGCUCAGGGAUCGCCCCGGAGAGCCGAAGGUCCUCCAGAACAAGGUGGAGGGUAAAACACGCAUAGAAAUCGCCGAUGUCUUGGUAACUACUUUUACCGGAGCCGAAGCUCCUUCGGUGACCGCAGAGCUGUUGAGAGAAAUCGGCUGUAACGAACACGCAGACAAACUGAUGCAAGAGACCGGCGGACAGCCCUCCAAUAACUCCGGAGCAGCUGGUGUGAACACCACGGCACGAGGUGGCAGCGCAGAGUCAGACUUUGUGGAUAAUCACAGAUCUGCGCUGAUCGACAGAGUGAGCAACAUUAAGACCAUUUUGGAUGAUCUCCUCGCUGAAGGAGUCGUCUCCCAGGCGAAAUAUGAUGAAAUCAUUGAUAUCAGCAACAGCAGGGAUCGGAUGAGGAGCCUCUACUCUGGUCCACUGAACGCUGCUGGACGUGACGGCAAAGAAGUCUUCUACAAAAUCCUCCAGAGACAUGAGACAUUUCUCAUGAAAGAUCUCCAGAAAAAUCAAUGAAUGUUCAUUCAUUUCAGCUCAAAUAUGAGUGUAACUGGGCCCAAUUACAAAAAUAACAAUGGGAAUGUUCAUGUUAUUACCAUGUCUCAGGGGAUAAAGGGGGCGGGCGGGGUGGUAAUAUUCAAAUGACUGACCUCAUGUUAGAUCUAAAUUUGUGGAUAUUUGUAUGAGAUGUGGUGCCUCGUCCACCUGAUCAGUGAUGAGAUUUUAAUUCAAGUUUGACAAUUAAUUUGAAUGUUUAUCAGACAAUCACGUGAGAAAUGAACUAAUUUAUAUUUUUAUAUAAAUCAAAACAUGCUUGAUUAUCAAGCGGAUUUAACCUCUGAUUUUUAUUCCCAUAUACGGUAUUAGGCUCAUUCAAAAAAUGUUAAUUGGAAAUUCAUAUAAGUUGAUAAAAGUCUUAUGAUUGCUA